UUGAUUACAUAAAUUAAAGAGUGGCCAAUGAAAUUCGGAGAACCAUAUAAAUUUAAAAUCAACGAAAAAGAAAACGACAAGCAGAAGGUGGGAGCUUUGAUCCUGUAAGACCAACGAUCCUCAAAUCCAGUCUGACCUCGUGCUGAGGCCGUCGCCCAAUAACCCACUCUUAGUGUCUCGAUUCUUCACCAAAACCUGAUUUUCAGUUUCAUUCCCAAGAUCUGUGAUCGAAGAACAGGUUUUCUGGAUCGUCUUGUUCCUAUUUGGGUUGUCAAAAGAAGCUUCAGUGCGUAAAAAUGGAGGUGGGAUCGAUGCAGAGACAGUGGGUUCAGUAUAUUAAAUCAUGGCUGGGUGAGGGGACUCUGGAUAGUCAGUAUUUGCAGCUUUUGCAACUGCAAGAUGAGAGUAAUCCAACUUUUGUUUCUGAAGUGGUGACUCUUUUCUUUGAAGAUACCGAGGAGCUUCUCAAUAAACUCAGCCUUGCUUUAUCACAGCCAAGUGUGGACUUCAAAAAGAUUGAUGAUCAUGUGCACCAGCUUAAGGGCAGCAGCUCCAGCAUAGGUGCACUUAGAGUGAAAAACGCCUGCAUUGCCUUCCGGAAUGUCUGCGAGCAACAGAGUGCAGAAGGGUGUUUAAGAUGCCUGCAACAAGUACAGCAAGAAUUCUAUUGUGUUAAAGAGAAGCUCAGUUACCUAUUUGCACUCGAAAAACGGAUUUUGAAUGCUGGAGGAUCCAUUCCAAUGGACUUGGGGUCUUAACCUGAAAAAAUCCAUGAACCAAGAUUUUCAUUUGUUCUUGUGGAGUCUCCUUUCUCUUGUUCUUCUUUAGGUUCUCAAAUUGACUGUCACUUGUGCUUGUACAAAUUCAAAGCCUUUACCCUUUUCCCUCAGAACAUCAUUGCUUUCUACAGCUGAAUUUUCGACUUUUCUGUGUCUUUGAGCUUAACUAUUUGUUAUGUAUGGAGUCCUAGAAGAUUUCUGGGAGCUUUCAAAGAGGCAAAUACUCUCUUCAUGUCUUUGUUCCCUUUGUUUUCUGCUAAUCAAAACAUAUUGAUCACAUUUCUGGGUCUA